ACCACACUUACUUGUCCAUAUUUUCAUUUUACCUUAUUUGAAAACCAUCUUUGAUUCGAACAGAGACACUAAAAUACCAAAAAUUAGCAAUAAUUACUCAAGUGAGUUUCAAGAUUGACACCAAGAGGUGGAUCUUCAAAAUGAUGCGCUACACAUAUGUUUGGUGUAAUGAUGGCCAAAUUCUGAAGAUUGGCCAUGUUUCCAUCCGUUCUUCACAAUAUUGGUUGUUUCGCGCACAUAAAGUUUAGUAAUAUUGGGUAUGUAAAGCUUUCUGUUCCUUUAUUCCUAACCUUUCGUUUCCGGGUAAGGCGAUUCGCAUGACUUAUCAUUAUUAUUUUGGCGAUAACUUGAGAGUUUGUAGAAGGACAGAACUUUAUGUGCACUCGAGCUGCCAACUUUGGGGAAAUUUUGGGGUUUGGGUUUCUUUUCCCCAAAAUUGGUAGCUUGGGCAGAACUUGCUUUAAUGCACUCCAUUUCUCUUCAAAAGGCUUCUGAAGUUCUCGCUACUAAAGGGACGUGAGAAAUGUCAACAACCAGAAAAAUUGUGGCGACACAAGUUAGAAUUACGGUGAGCAUGACAUCCCGUCGGCUUUGUGUCGUUCGACUCUUAAAUUCCAUAUGUUCUGGGCAGGAAAAGAUUAGACGAUUUUCAAGUCUUCAUUCAUACCUUUCGAAUGUAACCUCAUUGACUUCUCAAACCCAACUGCCUGAACUCUAUCAUCUCCAUGUCUUCUCUCUUCACCUUUUAAGGUAAUAUGGUGUUCCAUUUGUCUUGUGUGAAACAAUCAGCUUUUACAUAUCCCACGCUUCUCAUCCGUACUUCGGUUGCUUUGUUCAUUGGAUAUUAUUUUGAGAGUUGCAUUCUCUUUUUUCGCAGCUAUCCUUAACCAUUGUUUGUAUGUUCGACAGGAGUAACCUCGACCUACAUAGCAUUAGUACCGUACAUGACAACUUGGGACAGACUCGCGGUGUACCGAUUCAUGUUUUGACAUGACUUACCUUGUCACACCUCAAUGUUUAAAUCUUCCGAGUCUUUUCGAAAUUAACUUUUUAGCAAUAUUUGGGAGCAAAGCGGAGUCCGGUUUAAGACGAUAUGCGUCUAAUUCACACUAGACAAGGCCAUACAUGCUCAGUUUUACUUCUCCUUCUACGUCCAACUUAUGUGAAAUUUGUUCACACUUCGUAAUACUAGUCUUUAUAUUCAACAUUCAUCUUUAUAUUCACACUGUAUACCAUUCUCAAGUGUGCAACGAUAACCUGAACUUUGACGGAUACCUUUUUUCAGUAUGAAUCAUCCUCAAAAAUGAUUUUACUCACAGCAGAAGUAUUCAUAAAAACAAUGAGAAAACUGUUGUCACUCUCUAUGGUACCUUGACUAAGUGAGAUUCAACUAAAGCAAGAACGGUUGUGUUUGAUGUGUUAGAACGACCAGGAUCAACAGGUUUACUUAGUUUGCUGUCACUCUUUUGAAAUAGCCCAAGUUUCAGUAUUUUGUGUUUCUCCUAAAAAAAUUUUUACGUAUUUCGAGUAAUUCAGUGUGAUAUUGUUUGAAUAAAUAAGUGUAAAGUUCACUUAGAAAGUCACAAUACAUGAAAUAAAGAAGUCAAGAUUUGUGCAUCGAAGAUAAAAGAUUGUGUACUUGUAUUAAGCCUACGUUUUACAUUUCUUAUCUCUUAAAUGAGUCAAUUCAAUCCCAGUCACACACUUGAUAAAAAUUAAUAGGUUUUCAAUGAGUCUAUUUAUUUAAGUGAUUUAAUUAGCUGCUGGAUAAGUCCGUUUCAUAUAUUAUAUACACUCAGCCGCUGUCUAUCUUAUCAUUCAAAUGCUUGCUGGCGUAGAAGUGGGUUUGAAGGAAGCUAGUGGUGGACAAAACUAGGUGCUGCAUUAGUCACUGACUGUCUGGUUGUGCUAACAGAUGGACACUCUAAUCUGAGUCCGUGAGAUAAUUGUUGUCAACCAUUGGGAACGAAUCACAGCACAAAAUUAGUUGUAGAGGAGCAGAUACGUCUGUUCUUUAGUUACCCUUAGCUUCUGAGUGUCGAUAUUAUUUCAUACUUUUCGUCCUGAAAAUAUAUUUCUUCUGAAACUAUAUUCUCUAUCUCGAGUGGUCUUUUUACUUAUUUCCUCACUAUUACUGAUUGUACUACUUUGGUAUCCAUCCCCCUAAUUUCACUCCUCAAUAUUGAGGGGAUGUGGAAAUUUGGUUCACUGUAUAUUUGUACUAGAUCCUACGUUGUAUAUGACUGACUAGUUGUAUGUAAAAUAUUCCAUGUGUUGUAAUGAAUUAUACACUCUUUUGCAUGAUCUUAAGGUUCACAUCUCAAAAACUGAAAAUAUUAUUACUGAAGUCAAUAGUUCUGGAGAUACUUUCUAGAUUUUCAUUUUGGUGGUUGGUGACGAAUCAAACAGAUUCUUUGGUUAUAGCUUUGACGUUUUGUCCCAUUAUCCCUAAUUGAAGAAACUAAGUUUUCAAAUAUUUCCUGUAUUUUUUUAAAUUAAGUUAUCCUUUCAAGAAAAUCUUAACAAAGUUGGUUAACUCAAAAGAUGAGCUAGUACAGUGUUUUUAAGUAGAAAUUGUACUAUCAGAUAUUAUUAUCACACUGAUGUCAAACGAGUCAAAAUAUACUACAAUUUAUGUUCCAUAAUGUCUGUGUAUAUUUGUAAAAAUUACCAUGUAACUGUUUCGCUAGUCCCGAAAUUCUAUCAAAUGAGCUCCAUGCUAUUAAAUACCUUUGUAGCAUUUUGAAAGAACCGCCUGUUUGUUUAUCAAAUACAUCUAUGGUGUUUGGUGAUGUUCCUCCUCUACCUACAUGUACGGAAUCAUAUGCCUUCCAGGUGGCUGGUCAUUCUCGAGAAAAUGCAAGUAGUUUCGAAAUACUUCGAGAUAAAUCUAAACCAAUCAUUUACAAGUCAUUACAAGAUCGUGAAAGAGGUAUGCGUGAAGUGAUGUUUUACCAAAGUGUGUUUUCUGCGGAUGCUUCGGAAGCACUCAAACGUCUUCGUCAAUUUAUUCCAACUUAUUACGGAGUUUUUCAAUGCCCAGGAACUAAAGCUUACUAUAUGGCUUUAACUGAUCUGGUGGCCGAUUUCAAACAACCAAAUAUAUGUGAUUUCAAAAUGGGUACGGUCACUUAUUUGCCAGGUUCUUCACCAGAUAAAAUCUCCCGUGAACAGGUUAAAUAUAUGUGGCGUCGUAAACUAGGGUUUGUUUUAUCUGGUAUGCAGGUAAGUUGUGUGUCGUUUUAAUGAAUUUUCAAGUAUAAUUUACACUUGGAGACUAUGUCUGUUUGAUAGGUUAUGAGACCAAACAUUUCGUUAGUUUGAUGUGUGUUAGUGAGGUGGAUAAAGAAGUGAUCCUUAUUUUUACAUCGUAAGUAAGCUUCACCGAUACUCAUUAAACAUUAAAAUUCGAUUUAUUUGGAAGUACUCGGGAUGUCACAGAUUAAAUUAUAUAUUACUCAGCUAGGUCUCUGUUUAAUCUGUUCACUGGGUUCUACUUCAUGACUGGUUUUUAGAACUAGGAGAUAUUAAUAGGUUACUGGUAGAUUCCUUUAAAGAGUCGCUCAUAUAUGUUGGACAGUUGAGUGAACAGUAUUGGAAUUGGGCCUUAGAUACUUGACAAUAAUAACAAAUCAGUUGUGGAUCUUCGUCGACCAAGUUUCCUAACAUAUUUUUUGUGGUAUAUCCAAGCAUCAUCAGCUAUCUGGACUUGCAUGGGUAGGUAAAGUAAGAAUAGAUUAGACGAAAACUGUGAGGGACUAAACCAAAACAUGACAUCAGUCGAUGACGUUAUCGACAGUUGAAGUGAGCCAUGUUUAUAUGCUCAGACUACUAGGUUGAGUUCUCUAUGCUAUUAUCAUAACCAGUGGUUGGAGACGUUAAGUGACAUGACACACACAUUCACCUUUUGUCUACCCUUAAAUCUUGAGUUUUAGAAUUAUUUUAUUUCGAAAAUUUAUCCCUCUCUAAUUAUAUCUACUACAUCUAGUAUUCUGUCUUAGUUUAUACUGAUAUUUUCAUUUUGUUAUCCUCAUAUUUUGUGACAACCUGAAUCAGUAUAUGCGUUUGCAAGAUUCUAUGUUGCUUAUGAUUGCCUGACAUGUGACAUUUUUAUAAACCUUUAUCAUAGACUAAGUUUACUAAACAAUAGCAUGCUCUCUUUCACUGUGUACAUUCUGUAUAUAUGAUUCUUAUAAUUAAACUGACAAUUACUUUGUUUUAUAGUGUAGUUCCUCAGUUUAUUGUAGCUUAUAGUGUCUGACAAGAUCUCUGCACGGAUUCUAGAAGUUCGUUUGGCUUUCGCCAACUUACGUCACCUAUGGCGAAGCCAAGAUACUCGUCUAUCAAUUAAGAGACGAGUAUACUGCGUAUCAUUUCGUUCUGUUCUACUUUACGGCGGUGAAACAUGGUCAUUAAGAGUAGAAGACACUCGUAAGCUACUAGUAUUCGACCACAGAUGCCUUAGAAAUAUUGCUCGCAUCUGCUGGGAUCACCUGGUAAGUAAUAGUGAGGUUAGACGUAUGGUAUUAGGGAAUGAUGGUAAAUUAGUUGAUGAGGUUAUGAAUCUUCAUCGACUGAGAUGGUUGGGCCGUGUGUUACAUAUACCUGAACUCAGAUUGCCACGACGCACAAUGCUAACCGGGUAUGGUUGGGAGAAAGUUAGGGUCGGCCAAACCAAAGCGUGGUAUCAGUGCUUGAAGACACUAACUUCCAGUCUAAGCCAUGUUGGUAGAUGCAGACUACUUGGUUGGGGUCCGUGUGACUAUCGUAACCAAUGGUUGGAGACUCUUUGUGACAUGGCUCAGAAUCGAUCACAAUUGCGUAGGUGUAUACACCCUCUAUCUUCCCUUAAACUAAGAGAUUAAAAUCGCUUCAUAUCUUUCUACGAACUAAUUUUUUCUUUCUGCACUAUAUCCUUACAUAAAAUCUUCCUUUAUAUAUAUUACACCAUUGAGUUAACUGCUUCUAUGAAUCCGGUGUUCGUCUUGUUGUGCUAAUGAAGUAUGGCAAGUUCGAUGCGCCGUGUCCUACGUUGUAACUGAUUGACUAUUGUAGCUUAUUGAUAGUAUCCAGAAGAAAUAAUUACCAGCUAGAACUUGAAGGCUUGACAGUUGAAUCUCAGUUACUAUACAGUAAAUUGAUUAAUGUAAUCUAUAUUAUUAUUCUUUUCUAAAAAAAUACAUUCUAUUUUACAGAUAUCUGAUACAAAAAAUCAUUGUUUAAUUAAGUUUCCUAAAGCAUUUGGACGUACUUUAUCUCCAGAACAAGUUUAUUCAAUUGGUAUAAGAUCAUUUCUAGGUGCAGAUCCUACCUAUUGUGUUAAACUUGCUCAAAAUUAUAUCAUACAACUUGGUCGUAUUUUAAAUUGGUAUAUCGAAUAUGGUGCAAAAGAGCUCACAUUCUGUCGUUCUUCAAUUUUAUUGAUUCACGAGUCAUUACCAAGUAGUAAUAAUAAUAAUGAACAUUGUCCUUCCAAAUCAUGUUUUGCAUCAUCAUCAGCACCCAGCACCACCGUCAUUAACAAUAACAACAACAACAACAACACAUAUCAUACUUCAUGUACAACAAGAAAUCCAACUGUGAAAACUUCAACAAUAUUGAAUAAUCAAUUCGUCAAUAACUUUAAUAAUAUUCCUUCUAUUCAUAAAAUCAAUACUAAUAACGGUAAUAACAAUGAUACUCCUAAUACUACUACUACUACUACUAGUAGUAGUAGUAGUAGUAGUACUUCGACCGUACAUGCUCAAGUUUAUUUAAUUGAUUUUGCACAUUGGUCUAAGAAAAAUUACUCUACUCAAUGUAAUAAUAAUAAUAAUAAUAUUGAAUAUAAUAAAAAUUAUUGGACAUGUGAAUUAACUAAUGGUUUUCGUUAUGGAUUAGAAAAUUUAAUUCAAUUAAUGCAUUGUGUUGUCAAUAAAGAAAGUGCAAUUUGUAUAAAUUAAUAAAUAAAUAAUUAUUUAUUAACUUUCAUUAUGUAUCAAUAUAUAUAUACCUACUUACUUACUUACUUACUUACUUACUUACUUACUUACUUACUUACUUACUUACUUACUUAGCAUCUCUAUGCUAAUGUGGUAUGGCAACUUGAACUGAUGUACGUACGUAUGUACGAAGUUCUACGUUGUUACUAACUGACUUAAUUACGCCUGUUACUCCCUAUGGAGCAUAGGAUCAACCAUAUAUAUAUAUAUAUAUAUACUAAUAGUUUAUUAAUUAGUCUUAGUUGAUACUUUUUUUAUUGAAAUCAAUAACAUACUACUGAUAUAUGUACACAAUAAUCUCUCACUAAUGAAGAGUUGAACACUGUCGUUCAUUAACAUAUCUACAGCCGCACACACACACACAAACAAACAAACACUUUCCAAAAUCCACUAUUGUUAUAUACUUUUUUUUCUGCUACGAUUAAUCAUAUUAUUAUCAUUAUUAUUACUCAUAUAUUACAUUGUAUGUAUAUUACAAAGAGAAAAUGGUUUCUGCAUUUGAAAUAUUUCGAUUUAUCCCUCACUUUCUGUAUCUUUCCCCUUUCUCUCUAAUGUAUCCCAAAAUGACUUCAAUAUUGAUAUCCAGUAUGUAUUUAUUUGUUUACUAUCCGUUUCAUAUUAAUCAAUGUUGGUCAUUUCUUUUUUUGUCAUGUUUGCUUAUUCAUAAUCAAUCAACAACAACAACAACAAAAAAGUUAUUUAUUUCAUUCUUUAUGCCGUUUUUCUUGUUGUUGUUGUUGUUGUUGUCGGUGGUAGUGGUGGUAGUCAAAAUAGGUCACUUUAUACAUUAUUUGUUGUUGAUUAGUUAGACGGGUUGUAGAUUUCAAUCCCAGUCGAGAUAAUUGAUUAGUAUGAUUAAUUUUAACACAAUUUAGAUAUGGUUCUCAAGUUUACUUUAUACUGUUUAAAUAGAGCUUAGCACAUAUGUUCAUUAGUUUAAAUGAUCAAAUCAGAUUAGCAUAAUAAGAUGAAUUUAUAAAGAUGACUAGUAAACUAGAUCGAGAUGAUGAUAGUAGUAAUGAUCAUGAGAAAGAUGGAAUAUUAACAACAUACUUCAGAAAGACAAUGAAAUAUAUUACUUACGCCUGUUAGUCCUCGUGGGGGAGCAUAGGCUGCCGAUCAGCACUCUUCAUCUAACCCUAUCCUGGACAGUCAUUCCCAGUUGUUAUUUAUGCAUUUGAUAUUUGCUUUUAUUUCCUGACGUACUGUGUUCUUUGACCUUCUUUUCUGCUUCCCUUUAGGAUUUCAAGUUAGCGCUUGCCUCAUGAUGCAGUUUGGUGAUUUCCGUGAAAUAUGUAUGUAUAGAAAUGAGAGGAUUCUAGAAUUCAAAAUCAAGUUGAUGAUAAAGAAUCAAUUACUCUGCCCCUCUGUACUUGAUUCUUAAAUACAUCACACGAUAUUUUCAAUUUUAAUCAAUUAAACUACUUACGUAAUCUAUUAGUGUGCCUUAGGAUUGCCGUUAUUAAUAAAUAAGUCUUUAUGAACGUUUCUUACUUUCUACCUCUAAUCGAUUGACAUAUUUAAUAGUUAUGUAAAGUUUUAUGACUAGAAUUAAGUUAUAAAACUCAUGACAAAUAAAUCACUAUUGGGAAAGUGAACAGUUUUAUCGACACCAACCAAUUUUUUGGUUUUCAUUGACAUGGAUUGCUAACAUUGCCUGUCUACAUAAUUGUCGGGGAUGUUAGAUCCCCAGAAGUUACUUCGUAAAUGUCUUAUUUUUGAAGAUUUGAAUUUCUUGUCUUCGUGCCAAAAGCACCCAUCUUCACCUUCAUGUCGUACUUCCCACUUGGAAGGACUUUAAAUACUAUUGGUUCGUUGUCUCUCUUAAU